AUGUCCUGGCUAUGCUGCGCCUGCGCCGCCGCGAACCGCGGCGAACCCAUCAACGCCCGUAACUCGGAGCCACAGACUAGGUGUCGGUAUGCCGAUUAUGAGGAGCAUUAUACGCCGGCGCCAGUGGCUGUUCGACGGACUGUAAGGGGAAGGGGGGUGCAGGGGAUGACUGGGAGAGGUGGAGGUGGGAGGGGGUGUAGAGGGGUGGUUAACGAGGGUGUUGGGUGGGAGAGGGAGUAUGAGAAGAGGGUACAGAGGGGGAAGGAUGAGGAGAGGUGUUGUGUGGUUAUGUGA